UCAAACCUGCUAUCAGAAUGUUGGAACUUCAAUUCUAUAUAACUAUAUCGUCACUUAUAUUUUUCUGUGUUGGGCUUCAUGCUGCAGCUGUAGAUGAUGAAAUGAAAUCGUUGAGAGACGAGUUGCUGGAAAUAAGAAAUUCCUACAAAAUUUUGGUCCACAGGAUGAAUGAUUUAGAAAAAACAAAUGCAGUUCUUCAGAAAUGUGGUUGUCAAAGGAAAAAUUUAGCUCAAACCUCGAACAAAAACGACGAAUUCAUUAAUCUAGAUGGGAUUGAAAGCAAACAUUCAAACCAAACAGUGUGGGUGCCAAACCACACCAAAAGACUUUCGGUGUCAGAUAAAGUUGCCUUUCGGGCGUAUGUGACUGAACAUAUUUCUAACCUUGGAGACAACCAGAUUAUACCAUUCAGAUCUGUUCCAUUUGACUCACACAGAGCAUUUCAUGGCGACAGUGGUGUUUUCACUUCUCCUAAAAGUGGAUUGUAUGCAUUUUUCUGUACAAUCUUAGUUUAUCCAGGACAGAGGUUAGAAUUCGAACUUCUAAAAGACGGUCAUGUUUUGGCAUAUGGUGGAAGUUAUGGAAAUCAAGCAGAACAUAAAGAUUACGGAAGCGGGACAACUUCAACAGUAGUACAGCUAAAUUCAGGAGAAAAGAUGUACGUUCGAGUUCAUGGCAAUAAUCAUCCCUCAGCUGGACAGAUAAUUUUUCAGGGUUUUUCAUACUUUAUGGGAUUCAGUCUGGAUUAA